CCGAGCCGCACACACGUCCCCGAGCUGCCCGCGUGCCCAUGGAGCUCUUCGAGACCAACCCUUAUUUUUUCCCGGACCAGAGGUUUUAUGAUGGGGAAAAUUUCCUGGGCUCCCGCUUGCAGGGCUACGAGCCAGCGGCGUUCCCCGAGCGGCCCGAGGUAGCCCUGUGUCCUGAGGGCAGGGUGGCUUUGGAGGAGAAGGACUCAGCCCUGCCCGAGCAUUGCCCCGGGCAAUGCCUGCCCUGGGCCUGCAAGGUUUGCAAGCGGAAGACGGUCUCCAUCGACCGGCGGCGGGCAGCCACCCUGCGGGAGAAACGCAGGUUGAAGAAGGUGAACGAAGCCUUCGAGGCAUUGAAACGCAGCACCCUGCUCAACCCCAACCAGCGGCUGCCCAAGGUGGAGAUCCUGCGCAGCGCCAUCCAGUACAUCGAGCGCCUGCAGAGCUUGCUCAGCACCCUCAACCAGCAGGAGCGGGAGCAGAGGGACCUGCGCUUCCGCCCCGCCGCUCCCCAGCCCGGGGCGGCCAGCGAGUGCGGGUCCGGCAGCUCAUCCUGCAGCCCCGAGUGGAGCAGCCAGCUGGAGUUCGGCACCAACCCUGCGGAUCACCUCCUGGCCGACGACACGGCAGAGGACCGCAACCUCCACUCGCUCUCCUCCAUCGUGGAGAGCAUCGCCGUGGAGGACGUGGCUGUGACGUUCCAGGAGGAGCGGGUUCAAAACUGAGCCGGCGCAAACCCCGGCAGCUCUUUGAGCUGGUAACGGGGUGGGAAUGAGACGCCGGAAGGGUCCAGCCGCUGGACAUC